AUGGCUGCGCCCAGUGAACAACAGUACUUACCGUGCGAUGACUUUAUGAAAUUUCAGGAUGCCUUGAAAAAAAUGCGCCUGAUUGAUGACAGAAUUGUGCAUGCACUGAACUCAAAGAUUCCAACACAGUCUUUCCGUGAUAAAGUCGAUGUGUCUGCUGAGUGUAGAAGACUGUAUGAUGAGAUACAGCUAUCAUAUGACCAGCGGGAAAAAUCCAUCCGCCACUGCAUAGAAGUGGUUAACGAUGAUGUAAAAAACCUCAGACAGAAAAAGAUGGAUGCACCAGAUGAUAUUGACAUCCUCCGGUCCUUAAGGAAAGAACAGACAAAGUUGAGGCUAAUGCAGCAAGAGAUGAGUAUAGAAGAAGUAGUGAAAGACAGAACACUUAAGGUUUUCUAUGAACGAUGUCGAGACAGCUAUACUCCACCAGCUGCACCCAUAGUUUUGUAG